UGGAUGACGGGGCGUGUGUGAGGGCAGUGAUGGUUUUGUUUUGGCUGAAUCGAGCUGCGCAGACUUUUCUUCUACCUGUUUGUAGUAUUCACAAUCAUUAGCGAUGUAGAUAGUCUGUCCUAUAAGUGCUUUUUAUUUUUUAUUGUAGUUAAAAUUUGUAAAAUGGGUUUGAUAUCUGGCUGCUGUAGUUUCUGGUAACUGGUUUCAAACCAACAAUUAACUAGCUUGCUUGCUAGCAAGCUAGCGAUAGCUAGUUGGCUAAGUUAGCUUACUCUGCCCUAGCUGCCCACACAAUUUUGUUUGUUAGACAAGUAAAUUAGCUAGCAAGCUUGCUAAUUUGCCGACGUUUUCCGUCUUGGCAUAGCGUAGCAGAGAUAUUUAUUGUGCAUUCCGUAUCUUGUUAUGCUGCACUUGAAUGUCAUGGUUUCCGAGAACCAUGUCUUGUAAAUCCAAAGUUGCCCCGAGUGUUGACUUUGACCACAGCUGUUCGGACAGCGUUGAAUACCUAACACUAAACUUUGGUCCUUUCGAAACUGUCCAUCGCUGGAGACGACUUCCACCGUGUGACGAAUUUGUGGGUGCAAGACGCAGUAAGCACACAGUCGUGGCAUAUAGGGAUGCGAUUUAUGUGUUCGGGGGAGACAAUGGGAAGAACAUGCUGAAUGAUUUGCUGCGUUUCGACGUGAAAGACUGCUCUUGGUGCAGAGCUUUUACAACCGGCACACCCCCUGCACCAAGGUACCACCAUUCUGCUGUGGUCUAUGGGAGUAGCAUGUUCGUUUUUGGCGGCUACACAGGGGACAUCUACUCCAACUCCAAUCUGAAGAACAAAAACGACUUGUUUGAGUACAAAUUUGCCACAGGCCAGUGGGCUGAGUGGAAAGUGGAGGGCAGGUUGCCGGUUGCCAGAUCAGCACAUGGGGCCACAGUCUACAACGAUAAGCUCUGGAUUUUUGCCGGAUAUGAUGGAAAUGCCAGGUUAAAUGACAUGUGGACCAUCAGUCUUCAGGAUCGGGAGCAAGCGUGCUGGGAGGAGAUUGAGCAGAGCGGGGAGAUCCCACCGUCCUGCUGUAACUUCCCCGUGGCUGUAUGUCGGGACAAGAUGUUCGUGUUCUCCGGACAGAGCGGCGCCAAGAUCACCAACAACCUCUUCCAGUUUGAGUUCAAGGGCAACAUGUGGACCCGCAUCCCUACGGAGCACCUCCUCCGAGGCUCCCCCCCGCCACCCCAGAGGCGCUACGGGCACACCAUGGUGGCGUUUGACCGCCACCUCUAUGUUUUCGGAGGGGCGGCCGACAACACCCUGCCCAACGAGCUGCACUGCUACGACGUGGACUCCCAGACCUGGGAGGUGAUCCAGCCCAGCCUGGACAGCGAGGAUCCCCUUGGCAACGAGAUGACUUCAUCUCAAGGGUUUAUCCUGAUGCCCAGCGGGCGGCUCUUCCACGCCGCGGCGGUGAUCCACGACGCCAUGUACAUCUUCGGCGGGACCGUGGACAACAAUGUGCGAAGCGGGGAAAUGUACCGCUUCCAGUUUUCGUGCUACCCGAAAUGUACGCUCCAUGAAGACUACGGCAAACUGUGGGAGAACCGGCAGUUCUGUGACGUGGAGUUCAUCCUGGGGGAGGUGAGUCUGUCUGGAAUUCGGUGUUUUCGCUCGCCUCUGCUGUACUGCCUGCCUGCUGCAAAAAGAUCUCUGCAUCGUCGGGAGCGGCAGAAGCAGAGGAGCAGGCCGGAGGGCGGCGAGGAGAGCGAGGAGGGCGCGACGGGCGGUCAGAAGGAGGUUCCCGCGGCGACCAGGCCCUCGGGGUCCCAGCCCAUGCUGGAGGUCAGCAUUCGCGAGGCGGAGGCCCAGCCCUUCGAGGUGCUGAUGCAGUUUCUGUACACGGACAAGAUCCAGUACCCCCGCAAAGGUCACGUUCAGGAUGUCCUCCUGAUCAUGGACGUCUAUAAGCUUGCCCUGAGUUUCAAGCUGUCCCGCCUGGAGCAGCUGUGCGUGCAGUACAUCGAGGCGUCGGUGGACCUGCAGAACGUUCUGAGCGUGUGUGAGAACGCCAGUAAGCUCCAGCUAGACCAGCUCAAGGAGCACUGCCUUAACUUCGUGGUGAAGGAGACGCACUUUAACCAGGUGAUCAUGACCAAGGAGUUUGAGCACCUCUCCACCCCGCUCAUCGUGGAAAUCGUCCGCCGGAAACAGCAGCCGCCACCGAGGGUGUACUCGGACCAGCCCGUCGACAUUGGAACGUCCCUGGUGCAGGAUAUGAAGGCCUAUCUGGAAGGGGCGGGGCUGGAGUUCUGUGACAUCACCCUGCUUUUGGACGGACACCCUCGGCCCGCCCACAAAGCCAUCCUAGCUGCCCGCUCCAGCUACUUCGAGGCCAUGUUCCGCUCCUUCAUGCCCGAGGACGGCCAGGUGAACAUCUCCAUCGGGGAGAUGGUGCCCAGCAAGCAGGCCUUCGAGUCGAUGCUACGCUACAUCUACUACGGGGACGUCAACAUGCCCCCGGAGGACUCUCUUUACCUGUUUGCAGCUCCGUAUUACUACGGCUUCUCCAACAACAGGCUGCAGGCCUACUGCAAGCAGAACCUGGAGAUGAACGUUACCGUGGAGAACGUCCUGCAGAUCCUGGAAGCCGCAGAUAAGACCCAGGCCCUGGACAUGAAGAAGCACUGCCUGCACAUAAUCGUCCAUCAGUUCAUCAAGGUGUCCAAGCUCCCCAACCUGAAGUCGCUGAGCCAGCUGCUGCUGCUGGACAUCAUCGAGUCGCUAGCCGCCCACAUUUCGGACAAACAGUGCGCCGAGAUGGGUGCCGAUAUUUAGCAGGUGUCUCCGCCGCCCCCAACCCCCCCACGUCCUCCACAGUCACUCCUCCGGGGCCCCCCCCCCCCACCCCCCAUUCCCGGCGCACGCUCCACAACGUUAGCGCCUCCGCAGACCGCCGCGCCGGUGCAUGAACGACGCCCCGCCCACUUCCUCCGCCCGCUUCCUCCGCGUUCGCUUGAUGUUUGCGCCGAUUCUUCAUCCACCCGUUUGAACUUUUUGGUCGUAUUUUCGUUUUUUUGCUGCCACACGACGUUGGGUAUACUGUAUGGGUACGUACCACAAUGCUAAGACGGCUACACGCUCUCAUUUGUCACUUUUACGUUCUGUUACGUUCUGACUCCGUCUGUGACGUUACGGGCGUCUUCAGGUGUACACUACAACAAAAGCAGUCUUAAAAUGAGAGCAGGCGUCAGGUUUUUUCUUUUUUUUUUUGUGUUUCCUUAUCAGGAAUAAAAUAUCACGUAAUUCAAGACUAUUUAUUUCAUGGACCGGAUCUUUUUUCUCUGGUGGGAAGACCGAUCGCUUGUUUGUGAAAGAUGAGAGUCUGGGUUGGCCUUUAAUGAGACAAAAUCACAUUGCAGUGUCUUACGUUUAGAUGCGUGUUUUUAACAAACAGUCACUCCUGGACCUAUUGCGUUCAUGCCAAUUAUCAUUGAAGAUGCAAACCUCAAGUGUACCCUGUUACAUAUCUCAUGACCGUGUUCCUUAUUUCCUGUCGUCAGGGUUACUGUAUCUGCCUUGUCGAGCUUUGACAGUACGGAAAGCUGUUAUAUAUAUCGGCAUAUUGACCUGUCUUUUUUUUUUUUUUCGUCUCGCAAACCUUGUGUCAUUGUGAUAAAGUAAUACAGGUCGACAUUAAAGCCUCCGUUUUACGUGCUUUCGCGAGUUGUGUAUGACCGUAUGUUUGUGUUUGUUUGUGUACACCAUACUGUGAUGAAUGUAUGAUUACGUUAGCCACUUGUAUUACAGUAUAUGCCUUAAUAAAUUAGGAAUAUGGAAUUCA